AUGUUUAGGAGGGACUUGAGACCUGAUUCUUGGUUCUUCAGCUUUCUGGUCAGUAGUCUGUCCAGGAGUCUGUUUGCCUUUGCAGCCCUUGCCAAGAAUCAGACUUCUAAAGGUUUUGCUCCUGUCACAAUUGAGACCUCAAGACACAUGUAUGAAUAUGUGGCCACUGCUUUGGACUGGUGGCAUGCAGACAGAUACUGUGAACAACACUUUGCUCAGCUGUUUUCUGAACCCCAGGACAGUGAGCAAGCUUCCUUCAGUGCACUGCUGCAGUCCCACCACAUCAGAGGUUCUGUGUGGCUAAGAGAAAGGGAUAGUGUCCUGCACAAGUUGAAAUGGAGACGGAAUCACGUUGUGCCAGUAUUGGUAUUUGGAGACAAAACAGACACAAAAUAUGCAAAGGUGCUCUCUGACUUCCCAGCACUGCCUGCUGUCACAGCCUGUGCCCACCUCCAAUGGGACACCAGGACCCAGGAGAUUGCUACCAUCUUCUCCUAUUCUGUGCCAGCUUUCAUUAAUGAGUUCCAGCUUCGUGGAUUUGUUGACGAGGAAGGCUUUGUUCGAUUUGCUCUCAUAGUCCAUGAGCACCAUUCCCCAUACCUGCCUGUGUUCCGUGCUGAUGGAGAGUGGCAUCACUUCUGUGUGACCUGGCAGCAGGAAAAUGGGACGUGGGCCAUCUAUGCCGACGGGAAAAGGAGGGCAUCUGCCAGCGGUUUGUGUGCUAUGGAGCCCUUUGCCCCCCAGGCCAUCUAUGGCCAGGGGACUUUCAUAAUUGGCCAAGAUCAAGAUUCCCUGGGGGGCACCUUCAGAGAGAAAGAGUCCUUCAGUGGGAACAUCACUGACUUGCACAUAUGGCAGAAAGUCCUCAGUGCAGAGCAGAUUGAGAAGGUUCGGUCAUGCUGGAUGGUAGAGCAAGACCUUUUAUUUGAGUGGAGCUCAAACGCUUUGGAGAUUGAAAGCUCGGUUCAGGAAGUGACAGCACAGUUUCUCUGUCCAGGACCUGUUGAGGAAUGCCGAGUUUUUGAAGUUGGCAGCAGUGGAUUCAGUUACGUGUCUUGCUUGCAGUCUUUGCCUUUUGUCUGUGGCUACAGAAAGGAUGCAUACUGGCAACUGCAAAAAGCUCAGCUGGAAUCCAGCCGCUCACUUGUUGGCCGUGUGAAUGUGCUUGCAGAGAGGACCAUGAUUCCUGAGAAUGUUUUCACAAGUGAUGUCCAAGACAUGAACCUCUCUGUUGCUCUUGGUGCUCUUGAUGUAUUGGCAACUGUUCUGAGAGAAGGAGAGACACCUGUGCUGGAGUCAUCUGAUCUCCUUGUGGUGCUUCAAAUACUAAAGCAAGCUUCUGAUGUGGAAGUCCAGGAGGAAGAGGAGCUGGAGAUGUUGGAGCAGUUGGGUCAUUAUUACAUGGAAGUGACUGAGUUAAUCUUGGAAGAGCACAAUAUUAAAACGUGGUCAUCAAUUAGCCAGGUUAUCAGUGGGCCCAUGGCUGUUGUUGAGCUCUGUGACAGAAUGCUGUCACACUUAGCCCCACUGCUGACUUCAGGGAGGACAAAGAUCACAAUCCAGCAUGGAAAUGUUGGGGCAGAGCUCAGGAAGCUAGAGCUGGACACACAGGAGCUGAGCAGUGAGGCAUACCUGGUCCAGAGCCCUGAGAAAGGAAUGCAUGACCUCAUUGAAGUUCCUGCAGAAGAAAUGCAAAGACUGAAAGCCAGAGGUCUCCAAAAAGUCAUAAUGAAGAACAUGUGGUUUGGCUACACCUCCCUGCAGCACUGCCUGUCCAGUGCUGGUGUCAGUGCUGUCUCCCAGGACAUGGCUGCCUCUGACAGUGGACAGAAGUACCUGACCACCACAGUGGGCACUGCUGUGAUCUCAUCCUCUCUGCUCAGUGACUACCAGGAGAUCAGCACAUCUGUUCACUACCACCUGGAGCACCGUGUCGAGGACCUGCCCAACAAGCUGGUGAGGCCCAUCUGUGCCUUCUGGAACUUCAGCCUCAGCCCAGAUGCUGGUGGGAUGUGGUCCACAACUGGCUGCUCUGUGGUGACAUCUCUCCCAGGCUCCACUGCCUGUUUUUGCAACCACACCACAAACUUUGCUGUCCUGCUGCAGGUGUACGAGAUGCAGAGGACUGCCAAGGAGGAGAUCACACUGCAGACUUUGACUUUUAUUGGAUGUGGAGUUUCCUUCUGUGCCUUGAUAGUCACCUUCAUUUUAUUCUUGACAGUUGGUGUCCCCAAGAAUGAACGAAUCACUGUGCACAAGAACCUGAUCUUUGCAUUAGCUGCAGCAGAAGCUUUGCUCAUGUUCAGUGAAUUGGCCAAGACCAACCAGGUGAUGUGUUUCAUGGUCACUGCUUUGCUUCAUCUCUUCUUCAUGGCAGCCUUUUCAUGGAUGCUGGUAGAGGGGCUUCUCUUGUGGAGCAAAGUGAUAGCAGUUAAUAUGAGUGAAGAGAGGAGAAUGAAGUUCUACUAUGCAACAGGCUGGGGCCUUCCAUUCAUUAUCGUGGGUGUGACUCUUGCAACUUCCUUUAACAAGUAUGUGGCAGACAACCAUUGCUGGCUGAAUGUUCAGGCCAACGUCAUCUGGGCUUUUGUUGGCCCUGUGCUCUUCAUCCUGGCCGUGAACACCUUCGUACUGUGCCGGGUGGUGAUGGUGACUGUGUCCAGUGCUCGCAGGAGAUCAAAGAUGCUAACACCCAACAGCAGCCUGGAGAACCAGAUUGGAGUGCAGAUAUGGGCCACAGCCAAGCCUGUCCUGGUGCUGCUGCCAGUGUUGGGGCUGACAUGGGCAUGUGGGGUCCUUGUCCACCUCAGCAUCUUUUGGGCCUAUGUCUUCAUCGUGCUGAACUCCCUUCAGGGCCUGUACAUAUUCCUGGUCUAUGCAGUCUAUAACAGCGAGGUAAGGAAUGCCAUCCGGAGGAUGAAGGACAAGAAGAAAGCACUCUCUUUCACAAACUGCUCGCAUCCCAUCAACUACUUAUCAAGUCCAAGAAACACAACCUCCUGGGAGACAGGGAAACUGAGGCCUUCUGCAGCUGAGAGUGCCUUGUCAAACACUGUGCAGAAAGACCCUCCAGUGAAGAAUAUCACCAACAGAGGAAAUUUUGGAGGCAAAAUUCCCAUGGGGAUUUCAUCAAUUAUGUCACCUGAGAGACCGGCUGUAGAGCUGACAGCAUUCAAAUCCUCAGUGUCUAAGCAGGGCAUGCUUAGACUCUUUUCCAGACGAUGCCACCCAGAAGCAUUGCAGCUUUCCUCCCCACAGUGGACACAUGGGCAAGGCACCUGGGAAUAA